AUGCCUAAUGCUUACAAUAAUGCUACUGCAGGAUUUAGGGCGGGGCCGAGCUGGCUGGAGCGGCUGCGCAGGGCCCGCAAGAGCGCGCUGCUGCAAGACGGGAAGAGGAAGGUCCAUUACCUGUUUGAGGAUGGGCUGGAGAUGGCUGAGGAGUACGACCUGAAGACCAGCCAGCUGCUGGCUAGAAAGUGGCGAGAGAAGACUGCUCUGGGGAGCUCCAGCAAGUGGCAGGUUGAGGUGGGAGAGCCAACCAGCCACACUGCGGGAGCGCUGGAAUCCAAGCUCAUCAAGGAAAGCAGCUCCAAUCCCAUCUUCGUGAGGAGAGACACUCAGACCAGUUUCCAGUGGCGCAUCCGGAACCUGCCCUACCCCAAAGAGGUCUACAGUGUCUCCGUGGAGAAGGAGCAGCGCUGCUAUGUCGUCCGUACCACCAACAAGAAACAGUAA